AUGGCAAACAAUGGAGGAGCACGACAGGCCAACGCGCAGAUCAACGAACAUGUCGAGUUCACUGUCAAACCCGAGGAAGAUCUUUACCUUUCCGGAUCAGAGAACACAAUUCGUAGAGUCACCGCCGAAACGAACUACAGUUGCCUAAUGCUAAAAACGCAACGUUUCUCUUCCCUUUUUCGCCACUACGCGAAAUACCAUGGUCUGCGAAAGGAAGAUUUGGAGUACUAUUUUGUGAACUUGUUGGAAAACGAAGACACUCCCGAAUCAGUGCAGUUACAACGUGGGGAUACGAUCAUGGUUCGCAAGCGGCGUAAGCAUGAACCUCCGGAGGCCGCGGCGGAUGACGAAGAGUUUAUCAAAGAUAUGCGCGAACUUCUGGACGACGAAGAGCACAUGGAUGCAGUCUUUGUUUUAAAUAAGGAUAUGGAUUGCCAACAGGAAAUCCGGGCACACAAAUCGGUGCUGACGGCUCGAGCGGAAUAUUUCAAGGCGCUUUUUCGAACAAACGCCUCUGCAGAAAAAAAAGAGGGAACCGCUUUUAAGGAGUCAGAGGAAUGUGUCAUACAGGUAGAAAAAGACUUCACCGAGCAGCAAAUACGAUACGUGCUGGAGUUCAUCUACACGAAUCGCAUUCAAGUGGUGCGGGAUAUCUCGACCGACGACCUGCUCUGUCUUUUGCAUCUUUCAGACAAGUGGUUGCUUCGAGAUCUGAAACGUCUCGUCGAACACGAACUCAUUCGGGAUCAUAUGACGGUAAACACAGUUGCACGAUUGUACGGAGCGACCGAGGACUAUCACGCAUCUCGACUGUCACGCGCUUGUAUUGAAUUUAUCAUGACUAAUCUCCGCCAGCUUGCCGGCAAUACGGUAUUUGAAGAAGAAAUGAAAUCCUAUCCGCAUCUCUGUAUGCCAGUGCUCAAGGCGGCGGCCAAUUUGAUUCCGGAUGGGCCUGCUUUGAAAAAGCAACGUACCGAUCAUCACGGGACACCUUCGGGUAUUGGGUCUUCACCGGUGCCAGAUUCGGACACUUAG